UGUACUUUGUAUUUCGCAAUAUUUCUUCACGAAACCGUGCGCAGCUGCUGCUGGUCCUUGGAAUGUCUCAGUGGGAUAUAUGAAGAAGCCAGUCCUGUUUGUUUUAUAUAUUGUAUGCUUAGUGUUUAGCUACAAAUGCAACAUCUGAGGGUUUGGACAAAGUCGGGUGUAGCCUACUUGACGUCGCUCGUGCGAAUCUCACUUCUCGGAUUGCGUAUUGAAUGACAAGCACAAGGAUUGACACGGUCUAUACUUAGCUCUCCUAAACGCCAAAUCUAUGCUGAAAGACACAUGCUGAAUUAAGCCAGACGGAAUAUUAUUUUAAAACUUUGAACGCGUUUCUUUUCAAGUAUUUGAACGCAGAAGAAUUGUGGUGAAAUUUCGCUACUAAUUGAAAGCGCGCAAAAGUCAUCUGUUUUGGAGCCGCAACAAGACGAAAUGGGACGUUUUUGGUCCAGUUAUGGUUAAGAAUCUACUGUAUGAUAAUAACAAAGGAAAACAUUGGACUCACCAUUUUGAUUGUUUGAAGUGUCGAUAUGUCACUGCGAUUUAUUUCAUUGUUUGUUCUCAGCAUCUUUUUUAUUAUUCAAGUGCCACAGUGCCAAACUGGCUGUGCCGAAGUGGACUCCAUGACAGAGGCUGUGGCUGGAGGGAGUUUUGAGUUGGGUUGCAUUUCUUGCAAAAGGAGAGAAGAGGUGGCUGGUUCUGCUAUUGUGGACUGGCACUACAAACCACCUGAAAAGGAGGACUUUAUCCAUAUUUUCCAGUAUGAAUAUCCUUUGCCUGCUCUUCUUCAUGAAAAGUUUGAGGGAAGACUACAGUGGCACGGGACGAUGGGAACCAAGGAUGUGCAGAUCGGAGCCAUCUUCCUUCACAACGUCACAUAUAAUGACACCGGUACCUACCGCUGUACCUUCCACCGCACGCUGUACCUUUCUCCAGGUGAAAAACAUGUGACAAUAAUCAAAGAAAUAGAACUCACCGUUGUGGAAAAGGCCAACCCCGAGCUGACAGCUGUUAUAUCUGAGAUUAUGAUGUAUGUGGUGAUCAUAGUCCUGCAGUUGUGGAUGAUCGGUGUGUUGAUUUACUGCUAUAAGAAGAUCUAUGCUGAGAACGAAGAUCGAGAGGCCAAAAAAGCUGCACGUGCCCAAAAAAUCCUCAUAGACUCAAAGGACUCUUGUGAUGGGGUGCAUCUGGAAUAACUGCAAUAUUGGUCAGUACAGUCAUCUGUCUGAGUUGCAGUAGUUUUACUGAUGAUGAAGAUGAACCAAUGAAUAUACACAAAUUUAGAGACAUUUCUACAGUAUUUUACAUUUAUUAACCCAAUGUUACUUUGACUCCAGUAUCAGAGAUCUACAACUUUGAGCAACUUGCAACAAAUACUUCAAUUGUGAAUUUUGUAAUUCUGCAGAAACUAAAAUGAUUUGUAAUAGAAGAAUAGAAAACAUGACGCUUUCUUGAUUAGCUUGUUUAUUGAUUAUCGAUAAAAAUACAAAGCUAAGACAAUAUUGUUAGGAUCAUGGCCAUUGUCAUACGUUAUAAAAAUGUUUUAAAAAGAUGACAAUUUAGUACCUUUAUAUUGUAAGACCAUAUAUUUAUAUACUAGGUUUAUACAGCUUUAGUUUACAAUUGUUCAUUUAAAUUCAAAGUUACUUGUUUGCGUAAUGUAUCUCAUAAGACAAGAAUAAAAACUAA